GCACAUGUUGCAGAACCCAAAUACGCUGUUUCCACGGUACCGAAAAAUAAUUCUAUUCUGAAACCCGAAACAGAAAUACCAUACGAAGAAUUUUUGACUUAUUUGCACUCUUAUCAAUCUCCCGACAAAUCCCUCACCAAAUCGCAUCCUGCUCAGACAAGUAACGACUCGGCCCCUGGUGCCCGUUUAUUCAAAAACACCCGUGAAACCAAAGUUUGUCCCUCCACGCGACCGGUGAGCACAGCCUCAUUACACUCGCAACAGCAAUCAGAACAAGAAAAGACAGCUCAACCGGAUUCACAUCGCCGCUCCCCUUCUGGCUCCUCUUCAUCCUCCUCCUUUUCCUCCGGUUCCGAAUCCAGUGGGUCUUCCAGUUCCUCCUCCUCUUCUGAUUCUACUGAUGCACCCAGUCAGUCAGCCUCUCUCAGUCCCGACCGACAGUCUAUCGUUCAGUCUCAUUCGCGUAUUGACAUCGCGUCGGUGCACACGAAGACCAAUCAACCCUCCACCCAAACCAGCCCGGAUACUGUUCAGUCCAGCCCGUCAGGACAUCAUGCUCUUAAGUACUUGAGCAGUCACCCUCGCUCGAGUCAGCAUACCUCCCGUACACCUUAUUCUUCUUCGUCUCCCACUGCUCCACGGAUCCAGGACCAGAAACGCCGUGAGCCACAUGAUAACCGUCCUGACUAUGGGUUUCGCUUGAGAAAUAGCUCUUUCAGAUCUUCCCGGUCACUUGGACGGUCGGAUCGAGAUCGAUCUUUUGACGGGCAUCCACCCAACCGACCAAAUGUACCACGUCCACCAUCUCCUCGCCGGUCUGAGACUCGUGAUCACAACCGAUUGACAGACCAACACACCCACCAUUUCCGACGUGAAAUCGAUCCGCCCCAUCCUCCUCGUGAUAGAAAACGUUUUAUAAACCGCGUAGAUCGGGCACAUCAGGACAAUGUCUGUUCCAAAUAUCGCGGUGGAAACUUCUCAUCGUUUUCCAGACGCGCAAAACGACCCAGAACUCCGUCCUCUAAUCGCGGUUCAGUUCUCAGUGUCGAUGCGCAAACUCGUCACUGCGCUCCCGCACCUAAGGAGAAAGUAGCCGAACCCUAUGAGGUCAAAUUCGAUCAUCAGAAUGUGGACCAGAAGGAAUCACCGGAGCGUCGGCCCGUUUCUUCUCAUGACAAACGAUCUAUUCGUGAUGUGCGCUCGUCCGGGUCCCGUUCCAAUACUAGUAAAUCAAAGCAUUCUACAUUGUAUACGCAACGCCUGCAAUCUCGUCUGGAAGAAUCUCUAACUGCGGACACGACGGUCCCCGAUGUGGUUGUUGACUCUCGUGAUCCUGAUCAACAAGCCUUUGUGAUGGUGGAUUCGGGCAAGCAGGACGAUAGCCAUACAGAAAAGGAUAACCUGAAGCCUGUCUCGGACCGAUCAGCAAGCGGUGCUCCCGAAGUCUCAGAUUCUCCUGCAACAUUGCCCGAUCCCGUUUGUGAGCCGCUUCUACUACCUCCUCAACCCAGUCCCGUAUUGUCUGAGCCAGUUCAUUUAUUAUCGCCCACUCCGAUCCUCAGUCAGUCCAGUACAGGUGAAAUUACCACCGAACCGAUGCACUCCACAUCGACUGUUGUUGUCGAUCCCGCGGAGAACCAUGUAGCUGCAACUACACUUAGCCCGAAAAAGGUUGAACCGAGCAGACAGUCUCCGGUGAUUAAUUCAAACGAAAAUUGGUCUUCGUUUGAUGAUGAGGUUUCAUUGGAACCAAAUCCACAGCACAUGGAUUCUGUGCACGCUGACAUAGUUGACGAAUGUGAUUUAUCGAUUGAGGCUGAAGUGAGCGGUGAAGGAAUCAAAGAGGAAGGAGAAGUGGCUGAUGAGUUAGAUGAAGACGAGGAAGAUAUGGAUAACAGAUCGGUACCAGCAACACCGGAUCGCUUGCGGAGACUCCGAGAUCAGCGAGAGGACCGUGCGGAACGACAUGAUCGACGAUCCUGGUCUCGUUCGCUCAACGUCAGCGAAACACAAUUGGAGCUAGGUAGUCCAAGGUCUAAUCACUCCCCUGGGACGACUCGAGAUCGACGCGGAUCACCCAGUCAUCGUGUCCCGGAUUCCACCGUCCUCUAUCGUUCUUCCGGCUCGUUGCGGUCGGAAACAAACCAUUUAGGGCGAGAAUCGCAUGGACUACCACGAACAGAGCGUCAUGCAUAUCAUGGAUCUGCCCAUUCUCCGCCACGCAAUAAGGCCCGUUUGAAUCGUGAUUCCCUUGCACUUUCCCGACUCCCAAUUCAUUCUAGGGGUCCUCUAAACCCACGUCGCCUACUUCCGCGAAUCCAGCCAGGAUCGCGUUUUGCUUCGCGACGAUUUUAG